CAUUUUACAUCUUCCCGCUUUCCUUUGCAGGUUUCUUCUUUUGCUUUAAAAUGCCUGAACCAGCCAAGUCAGCGCCCGCCCCAAAGAAGGGCUCCAAGAAAGCGGUGACCAAGGCGCAGAAGAAGGACGGCAAGAAGCGCAAGCGCAGCCGCAAGGAGAGCUACUCGGUGUACGUGUACAAGGUGCUCAAGCAGGUGCACCCCGACACCGGCAUCUCGUCCAAGGCCAUGGGCAUCAUGAACUCGUUCGUCAACGACAUCUUCGAGCGCAUCGCGGGCGAGGCGUCGCGCCUGGCGCACUACAACAAGCGCUCCACCAUCACGUCCCGCGAGAUCCAGACGGCCGUGCGCCUGCUGCUGCCCGGCGAGCUGGCCAAGCACGCCGUGUCCGAGGGCACCAAGGCCGUCACCAAGUACACCAGCUCCAAGUGAGCGCCGCGGCUCCUGUCAGACCCAAAGGCUCUUUUCAGAGCCAC